AUGCCUUCCCUGCACCACGGAGCCAUCUUCAUCGGCGCCUUCCUCAUCGUGACGGGGGGCUCCACAGCCUUCCUGGCCUCGUCCCAUAGCCGCCUGCAGCCCUUCUCGCUGUGCUGCGUGGUGCUGGGGGUGGUCAUGCUCAUCCUGGGGCUGUUCUGGGCCAUGAACAGCAAGAGCACGGCCAACUACAACCAGCAAGAGUUUGAUCCCGAGUGUCCGCACUAUCCUUACAACGAGUACGCCGGUUACAGCAGCCAUGCCCUCUUUGCGCACAGCGGUAGUCGCUUCCCUGAGUCCCAGUCGGUCUUUCUGCCGGGAACUCUGGAAUGCCAAAGACACGGAGCUCGCAGCGAGGAGUUUGACUAUCCCCCCAUGGACUCGGGAGGUUUCAGUCCUCCUCCUCACCUUCCUCCCUGGCUGGGGCCGCCGCCUCCCUAUGAAGUAGCCAUCAAAACCACAUGCAGCUCGACACACCUGAGACGCGCCUACUCCGACACGCACUUAGCAGCCGAGCCGUUAUUUGGACGGUCCAGGGAGAUAAGCUUUGAGGUGUGA